AUGACUCUUUUGGAAAAAGUAUCAAAGAAUAAAAGGGUCAAUUACAAGGUGGCUCUGAGGAAUGUUCUUGAAAGCCUUGAGGAUGAGGAUAUUCAUUGGAGGCAGUACCUGACGUGGGAAUUACCCGAUGACCUCCAGUCCAAUAUCGAUUGGGUUAGACGGGUAAGUCCCAUUUUUGCCAAUAACUAUGUGGUGCAUCAUGCACCACAUUUGCUUGCAAAACAAUUUGGUUUGACAAACAACGUCAAAUAUACACUGUAUCACAUCGGAAUGAAGGAUAAUCGGGGAUCAAAAUCUCACAAUUGGACUAAAAAAUAUGAAGUUCAUAUCGCGAAGUGGAUGAACCCAUUAUUUUUGGAAGAUCCACCAGCAGUCCACGGAGAGACCUCUCCAAGUAGAGAAGAUAAUCCAGCACUCCCCCCCUUGCAGCUCUCCCCCGGCAGCGAAGAUCCCCCCUCCUCCAGCAGAGAAGAUCCCUCCAGCAGAAUAUCAAAAGUUGCAGGGGAACAACCUGCCGGCCAAGAAAUAUGCGUCUUUGUAAGGAGCAAAAGAAAGGGCGUGGCCCAAGAUCCUCAUGCUGCCCAUCAAGAAACUGGUCCUGACCCUCCAGAAUCAUUUGAGCCAAUAACAGAUCUUCAUCUUCCCGUUGAAGACACCGAUGAAACAGGCUCCCCAUUGCUGCCACAAAUGAUCCCCGUACCCCCAUGGACAACAAAAAAUAGAAGAAACAGAUUCCGUUGCUCUCCCCAGAGUUGCUUUCUCCCAAGUUUAUGUACGGAGGAAUAA